AUGCAGUUACCAUUGGCUGGAAUGGAAAAUGCUCUCAACCACUUGAUGCCUAUCGAUCCUACUGUUAACAUAGUCGAAAGAAGCGACCAGUCAAACGAAUCUUUGUUUAUUCAACUAACGGAUAGUGACGGCAAUGAAGUUGGGACGCCAAUAUGGAUUCCUUUAGAUGUUGACACGGCUAAGCUCUCAGAUUUAUUAAGCAAUCUUCUUCAAAAAACAGAUGAAAAUUCUUUGACGUAUGAUUUUUUCGUGGGAGAUGUUCAAAUUUUGGAUGAUUUAAAAACAGCUCUAAUUCAAGCACGAGCCAAAGGUACAGAUCCUUCUUUGCCGAAAUUUGGAUCAACUGGUCUUGAAGCUGUGGUCAAAGUUACAUAUCAAGCUCAAGCUGUUUUUCGAGUUCGCCCAGUUACUCGUUGUUCAAGCAGCAUACCAGGUCAUAAAGGUGCCGUUCUGGUUGCACAGUUUUCACCGGAUGGAAGAAGUCUAGCUAGUGGCUCUGGGGAUCAAACUGUUCGUUUCUGGGAUCUUAACACUCAAUUACCGCUUAGUACAGGAUCAGAAGUGCAUAAAGCUCCUAUUCUGUGUUUGGCAUGGUCUCCAGAUGGAGUACGGUUGGCAUCUGGCUGUCAAGGUGGUAUGAUUUGUUUGUGGCGACAAUCUGAGACUGGUAAUGAUUGGGGUCUAUGCUCAACUCGUCCUUUAAUUAAACCUCAAUUAGCAGCUACUCCACCUCAUUCUAAAGGACGAUGGAUACGAUCUGUAUCAUGGAGACCAUUGCACCUGGAUGGAGAAUGUAGACAACUUGCAGUUGCUUAUCAAGAUUGUUCAAUAGUUAUUUGGGAUACAUACACUGGUCAACCAAUUCAUACGAUUACUGGUCAUGAUAAACCAGUCGUGGCCGUACGUUGGGGUGGAACAGAUUUAAUUUAUUCUGCUAGUCAAGAUCGUACGAUUCGUGUAUGGAGAUCUAAAGAUGGUGUGUUAUGUCGUUCAUUGAAUUUGCAUGGACAUUGGGUAAAUUGUUUGGCUCUAAGUACUGAUUAUGUAUUACGCACUGGUGCAUUCGAUCCUGCUUGUGCUCAGUUGGUCAAAGCAGUCCCUGUGUUUUCAAAAGAUCCAGAGACUGUGAUGAAAUUGGCUGAAACAGCAAAAUUACUGUAUGAAAAAGUUAAGGGUUCUAAACCGGAGAGAUUGGUAGCCGGAUCCGAUGACAAUACACUUUCCUUAUGGCAACCAGAAGUUGAUAAAAAACCACUUGCUCCCCGUAUGACUGGUCAUCAAGGAGUUGUAAACGAUGUGAAGUUCUCUCCAAAUGGUCGUCUUCUUGCCAGUGCCAGUUUUGAUCAUUCUGUCAAAAUUUGGGACGGUUUUACAGGACAAUUUUUAGCUACUAUGUUUGGUCAUGUUCAAGAUGUGUACUUAGUCUCUUGGUCAAGUGAUAGUCGUCUGGUUGUAUCAUGUUCUAAAGAUUCAACAGUGAAAGUAUGGUCUGUUGUUGAAGCUCGUCGUUGGAAUCAAGAAUCUGUCACAGUAACUAAAGAAGAAAAGAAAAAACAAAUAUUCGCUAGUGAUGUAGCCGGUAAAAAACGAUCCAAUUCAUCAUCGUUCAUUCAUCAACGCAAACGUCAUCUAUUACAUGAUUUACCUGGACAUUCAGAUGCAGUUUAUGCAUUAGAUUGGAGUCCUGAUGGACAAUAUGUAGUUUCAGGCGGUAAAGAUCGAAUAUUAAAAUUAUGGAGAGCAUGAAACUUGCGACGAUGUUUUUAUGUUCUAUACAAACACUAUUGAAAAUUUGGCCUUUUAUCAUCAUUUAUUGAUAAUUUUCUAAAAUAAUUUCUUCUCACUUGUAGAUAUAAACAUGUAUAUGAAAAGAAUUGUGAAUAAUAUAUAUUAAAAUGGAUAACAAAUAGUGA